AAUUGCAAUCCAUUAAAAGAUGAAAACUGUAAACCAUUGAAUGUUGGAUUGAGUACAUCAAUUAUUGAUUACUUUGAAGAAAAAUCACCAAACUAUAGUAUCUUUAUUGAUAGGGGAUCAUUUACAUUUCAUAAGAACGACGGAUUAGAAAUAAUUAUGGAUAAAAGAUAUGAUAACCCUUCCAUACGAUCAAAUUUUUAUAUAUUGUAUGGUAAAGUUGAAGCAAUAAUUAAAACAUCAAGUGGGCAAGGAAUAAUAUCGUCGUUUUUUUUGCAAAGUGAUGAUGGCGAUGAAAUUGAUAUUGAAUGGAUAGGUGGUGAAAGGGAUAAAGUUCAAACUAAUUUUUUCAGUAAAGGCAAUGUUACAACAUACAGCAGAGGCCAAACUCAUAAAGUUAUUGGGCAUUCAGAAUCAUUCCAUAAGUAUACCAUAGAUUGGAAAAAAGAGGAACUAAAUUGGUAUAUUGAUGAUAAAUUAGUGCGAUCAGUAAAAAAUAAUACCGAUGAAAGAUAUCCAUGUUCUGCAAUGAGUUUGAUGGUGGGAAUUUGGGCAGGAGGAGACCCUGGUAAUGAAGUUGGAACAAUUCAAUGGGCAGGAGGAGAGACUGAUUUUGAUAAAGCACCAUUCUCGAUGUUUGUUAAAAGAAUUGUUGUUUCGGAUUACUCGAGUGGCUCAUUCUAUAAGUAUUCCAGCAAUUACUUGAAUAACCACUAUAAUGAAAACUCAGAUAACAAAGGAAUUGAGAUUGUUGGUGGAAAUGUGAAUGACAGAUUUGAGAUUGCAAGCAAGGAGUUUUCAAUUUUG